ACAGUAAGCUGUGUACCUUCUGUCCGAGUUUUCCCUAUUUGGACUAAACAAGCUUAAAGCGUUCAGAUUUUAGGAGAUUAUAAAUUUAAAUUGUUUAACCAGCAAGUACCGGAAUGGCGGCUGCCAACAUGGAGAAGGGUGAGCUGAUGAGCCAGGUGAAACAGCAGAUCGCAUUGGCCAACGCCCAGGAGAUGCUCUCGAAGAUGACGGAGAAGUGCUUCAAGAAGUGCAUCCAGAAGCCGGGCAAAUCACUGGACACCAGCGAGCAGCGAUGCAUUUCGCAGUGCAUGGAUCGCUUCAUGGACGCCUGGAAUCUGGUGUCGCGCACCUAUGGCAAUCGUCUGCAGAGGGAACAGUACAGGACAAUGGACUCGGUGGAGGAGAUGAGCAGCUAAGACCCGAGUCUCGGCCACCUUGUAAUUAAAGCUGAAUUUAUUUUGUUUUUGAUCCAAUCUCAA